UUUUUGGGUGCAAACGAAGGAGGUCUUAUUAUACGAUUUAUAAAAAACCGAAUUUUAAGAAAGGAAAAACAAAACAAAGCGAAGUACUUGGCUAAACCGCUCCUUCGUCAGUCGCAUCCCUGCCACUAUCUAUAGUCUACAGAGCCACCGUCUCCCACACUCUUGUCAAGAUUUUAUCGCCUCGCGACACCAGUCAGACAAUCAUGGCCAGUAGUAAAGCUGAAGGAGAUCAAAAGGAAUAUGUAAAUGAGCAAGCAGUUGCAAAUAAGUUUGCUGCUAUGAGGUCAGAACUCAACCAAAUUUACUCGAAAAUCACUGAGCUAGAGAUGGAAGCAAGCGAGCACUCGUUGGUCAUCAGUGCCAUCCAGCCCCUUGAUCCAUCCAGGCGAUGCUACCGGAUGAUCGGAGGUGUGCUGGUGGAGAGAACAAUCAAGGAGGUCCUGCCUGCUGUGCAGCGCAACAAAGAGGGGAUCGAGGAGGUUAUUGCUAGGCUGAAUGAGGCAUUGGAAAAGAAGAAAAAGGAAAUUUCUGAUUUUGAGGCCAAGUACAAGAUCAAGAUACGGAAGGAGCAGGGUGAGGAGAAGGACGAUAGUGCUCGGAAAGAAGGGACUGCUCAAGGAGUCCUGGUUGGCCCUGCCGGUGGAAGUGAAUGAAUGAUAAGGCUCCUGUUCCUGAUGCUCUUCCACCACCUUUGUUUUGUUGGCUUGAACUUGUUAAAUGAGGUGUGUUUUAAAGUUAACCAGGUGCUAGAGAUUUUGGGUCUUGGUUGAUCAAGGUAGCAGAACUGCACUGAAUUAUGAUUGUAUUUGCAACCCUAUUUAGUUAUGCUUGUCUUUCAUUAGUAAGAAUUAAGGGGGAAAAAACCAUAAAUUUUGAAUAUACAAUGAAUGCUAUUGAGUAUUGAUUUCAAGUAGUGUAUUGACCAAAGAGUGAAAUUUCACAAAGAAAUGAGUCA